CCAUGUGACCUUUGAACAUUCACAGAUUUCACACGUAGUAAGCAAUGAUGUCAGGAAGUGACAUCUUGCUUAUUACUAUUCAUGUGAUCACUGAUUGGCCAGUCAGUGAUCACAUGAUCGGGACCUCACACAGAGGUCCCAUACAGCGAUCGGUGUUCUCUGGACACAGCGGGCACCAGAUCGCGGUGUUGCGCGCUCUCAGGGAGCGCGCACAGGCAGUGAAUGCGGAGGCCGUUUAUGAACAGCAACCCGCUCCUGCACUGCUCCCUUCCGGCCGUUUAUGUACAUGGGCCGGACGGGAA